UCAGACCGCCAGUACCGCUGGGAAAUCGAGUAACUACCAGUUUGUGUAGCUAGGCGGUGAAGACGCUCAAGCUCCGCGGAGAAUUUUGGAAACUUUCAGAGUUCUUUCUCCCCCAAACCUGGUCCCAAAUCUAAAGCCUUAAUCGUGGAGCUAUGUCUGGAAAGCAAGAACCAGAAUCGCCUAAAGUAGAGGCCAGUGGAAGAGGCCACCUGGAGUUAAAAGAUGAUAACACUCACAAGCAAGGGGAUGAUGGAUCUCUAUUGGCGUACGCAUACAGGAAGAAGACGAAAUCAACUACAGUGACAGCGAUAGCGAUGAUAAUGUGACGGUCAUUAUUGGCAGCAUAAAAAGAAACCCCUCCUUGUUUAUGGAGAAGCUCCCAAAUCUAAACUCGCAAACAGGUGAAGACUUUGAAACAUCUUCAUCAGGAAAUCUGCACCAAAUGUAGACUAAAUGAAAGAUGCUUGGACUGGUAGAUGAUGUGCAGUUCAGAAGUUCUGUUAAGUCUUGAGUGUUACGUGGAUUGAAAAAUCUGACUCAGCAUUGAUGACCAUCAGAGAGCAAUGUAAAGCCAUCUACAUGUCCUGUGAAACAAAUUGAGGAACUUCCAUGCAUUCGAAAAUAAAAUGUUCUCUUCUGAAAA